CUUUUUAGAUACCGAAUUUUUGCUGGGUGAUCUUCGUGCGUGUGAAAGUGAAGCUGCCUCAAAUAUGAAAACCUGUAAAUCCAGUCACCUGGACUCAGGUGUGGAGUCAGACGCGCAGUGCAGAAGCGGAGCAGGCUGUGUCGUGAAGUGUAGUUCGGAAAGGAUGGAGAACGCUGCCAAGAGGAGACUGGCCGCCAAUGCCCGCGAGAGGAGACGGAUGCAGGGACUCAACACGGCCUUCGAUCGCUUGAGAAAGGUGGUUCCGCAGUGGGGGCAGGAUAAGAAACUGUCCAAGUACGAGACGCUGCAGAUGGCUCUGAGCUACAUCAUGGCUCUGACCAGGAUCCUGGCCGAAGCCGAAAGGUACAGUAGUGAGCGGGAGUGGAUUAGCCUGCACUGUGAGCACUUCCAUGCCGACAGCUACCAGCACUACCCGGCGCAGAAAGCCGCGGCCGAGAGCGAUCCUUACGCACAGAGAGUGUUCGCCUACCACCCGGAGCACUUCCAGAUAGCUAAUUAG